AUGAGUCUCCUCGUGCUGCUGAAGAAGCAGCUCACGCCAACGAAGCUGCUCUUCCAUGUGCUCUUCUGGGCGUUUCACUGGGGACUGUUUGCUUAUGGAUGGUGGAAGCAAGCAACUGAUGCCCGUCUAGCGGGUCUAAACAGUUUAAAGUACUCAGUCUGGUUCUCUCGAGGUGCCGGUCUAGUAUUGAGUGUAGAUGGCAUGCUCAUCCUGUUGCCAGUUUGCAGAACGAUUAUGAGGUUUAUCCGACCUAAGAUCAGAUUCAUCCCACUCGAUGAGAACAUUUGGAUGCACAGACAGCUCGCUUACGCUAUGCUUCUCUUUACCAUUAUCCAUACUGCAUCUCAUUACGUUAACUUCUUCAACGUUGAGAAGACACAGAUUCGCUCCGUAUCGGCAGUCCAGAUUCACUACGCCCAACCUGGUGGUAUCACCGGCCAUGUCAUGCUCCUUUGCAUGCUCCUGAUGUACACGACAGCCCACCACCGCAUUAGACAGCAAUCCUUCGAGACCUUCUGGUACACUCACCACCUUUUCAUCCCCUUCUUCCUCGCCCUGUACACCCACACGACUGGCUGCUUCGUCCGCGACACUGCCGACGGCUUCUCGCCCUUUGCCGGUGAGCAGUACUGGGAGCACUGCAUCGGCUACCUCGGCUGGCGCUGGGAGCUCUGGACGGGCGGCUUCUACCUCCUCGAGCGCCUCUACCGCGAGAUCCGCGCCAUCCGCGAAACCAAGAUCACCCGCGUGGUCCGCCACCCCUACGACGUCGUCGAGAUCCAGUUUCACAAGCCCUCAUUCAAGUACAAGGCCGGCCAGUGGCUCUUCCUGCAGAUGCCCCAAGUCUCCAAGUACCAAUGGCACCCCUUCACCAUCACCUCGUGCCCCUACGACCCUUACGUUUCCGUGCACAUCCGCCAAGUCGGUGACUUCACCAAGGAACUCGCCAACUCGGUCGGCGCCGGCCCCGCCCAAGCUAAGCUCUACGACGGCGUCGACCCCAACGGCAUGUACGAAGUCGCCCUUAUGAACGGCGACCACCUGCCCCCGCUCCGCAUCGACGGGCCCUACGGUGCUCCAGCCGAAGACGUCUUCGAGAACGAGAUCGCCGUGCUCAUCGGCACCGGUAUCGGCGUCACCCCCUGGGCCUCCAUCCUCAAGAACAUCUGGCACCUGCGCAACGGGCCGAACCCGCCCACCCGCCUGCGCCGUGUCGAGUUCAUCUGGGUGUGCAAGGAUACCUCCUCGUUCGAGUGGUUCCAGAUUUUGCUGAGUUCACUGGAGCAGCAGUCGAGCGAGGCAGCCCGGAUUCCCGGAUCGAGCGGCAUAGAGUUCCUCAAGAUUCAUACGUACCUCACCCAGAAGCUGGACAUGGAUACCACGCAGAACAUUGUGCUGAAUAGUGUCGGUGCCGACGUGGAUCCGCUGACGGAGCUGAAGGCGAGGACGAACUUUGGUCGGCCCAACUUUCAAAGGUUCUUUGAGAGCAUGCGGAACGGGAUUUUGGAUCGGACGUAUCUGAAUGGGUUGGAGGGGAAUAUGCGGACGACGGUGGGAGUGUAUUUCUGUGGGCCUAGUGCUGCUGCCCGUGAUAUCAAGAAGGCGGCUAAGGCGGCGACGUCUCGUGAGGUCGAUUUUAGGUUCUGGAAGGAACACUUCUGA